AUGGAGGUGUGUGCUUCGGUCCUCGCCCGGGCAUGCAAAAGCGCGGCGGGGGAGGUAGUGGCGGCCAACGGGGGGGCUGCUGGGAGCCCCGGCCCCUCUGCCCGGGAGAGUUGCAUAGACGUGGCGGGAGGGAGCGCUCCUCCCGUGGAGCGGAGCGGAGCGGGCCGGAAGCCCCAGUGGGUCCGGGGCUCAGUCGGUCCCUGGAACUUGGGGUUCCUCAAGAAGAGGAAUGAAUAG